AUGAAGACUACCCAUCUUGAGAUAAUAUACCAAGCCAAUGUUGUGUUGUAUAUAGAAAAAGAGACUACUUUAAGAAAUUAUCGUUUUAUUAACAAACGAGCACUUGAAGAAAUUCGCUGUUUAAAAGUGAAUUCACAUUCCAUUUAUUUGAAGUACAACUUACUUUUUAAUUUCUUUCCACUUCUUAACACACUUACUGGAAAUUUAAACACAAUGGUCCAUACUUUGACACAUAAGCAGAUGAAUCAAAUCACGUGGUUUAAUUGCUCUACUGCAGAAAUAUUACCAGAGAUAAAAUUUGACAGUUUCAGUUAUGUUCAAAAACAAAGUCCAAUGGUGAGAAAAGUAGUAGUGACGGUUGAUGACAACGUCACAUUUAAAAAUAUAUAA